AUGAAGCACACCCAUUUGAUGAAAUUACUCUUAGCAUCAUCCUCAGCGGCUGUCCUGCUCGUUCUCGCACUAACCCUCCUUUUUUGCUUAAGGAGAAGGGGAGGGAAACCCCAAUGCGACGACGUCGAGGUGGUACAGCAGGAGAAGAAACAGAGCGGCGAGACUACGACGACGGCGGCGACAGAGGAUUUGGUGAGGUUUCAAGGUGGACAGGAGCUCACUGUCACCGACAUUCUCGAUGCUCCUGGAGAGGUCAUCGGGAAAUCAAAUUACGGUACCCUUUACAAGGCUUUGUUGCAGAGGAGCAACUGCGUCAGGCUGCUUAGGUUCUUGCGGCCCGUUUGUACUGCGAGGGUUAAGGAAUUUGGUGAUGUGGUUCAGUUGCUGGGUUGCAUUAGGCACCCUAAUUUGGUCCCUCUUUUGGGGUUCUAUGCUGGCCCUAGAGGCGAGAAGCUCCUUGUUCAUCCCUUCUUCCGGCGUGGCAAUUUGGCUCGUUUCAUCCGAGAUGGGAAUGCUGAGUGUCACAAAUGGACAACCAUCCACAGGCUAUCCAUUGGCAUAGCCAGAGGCCUUGACUACCUCCACACAGGACUCCAGAAGCCUGUGGUCCACGGCAAUCUCAAGUCGAAGAACAUAGUCCUCGAUCGCAGUGGAUCGCCUUGCGUAUCAGAUUUCGGCUUGCAUCUGCUGCUGAAUCCUACGACGGCCCAGGAAAUGCUCGAGACAUCUGCAGCCGAGGGAUACAAAGCUCCCGAGCUCAUCAAAAUGAAAGAUGCAAGCGAGGAAACCGAUAUCUACAGCCUGGGAAUAGUAUUGCUCGAGCUGCUCUCGGGUAAAGAGCCAGUGAAUCCGAAUCCAACUCCCGACGAAGAUUUUUACCUCCCAACGUCGAUGAGAAACGCGGUGCUUGAUCGUAGGAUCGCAGACAUUUACCAUCCGGACAUACUUGUAGACAGUGGGAGCGAGAGUGAGAAUUCUGUCAGGGAAGAGUGCAUAUUCAAGUUCUUUCAGCUGGCAAUGUCUUGCUGUUCCCCUUCGCCUUCUCUUAGACCAAACAUCAAACAGGUGGUGUGCAAGCUCGAAGAGAUGGGAAGAUAG